AUGGCUUCGAUCUCGAGAACAAUAGCUUCACGUGCACCCUUGCAGCUAGCAAAAGUAAGGUCGCUGGCCUGUUUGCAUGCUGUAAAACACCCAGCGUCCUCUUCAUUGCCACAACGAACAUACACGUUCCUUUCUAAUCUUGGAUUAGAUGAGCCGAGUACUCCUAAACCAACGCAACCCGUGUCCAGCAGCUCAACACCAUUGUUGCAAAAAACCGAAACAGUAACUGACGGUAUUGUAUUCAUAAAUAUGGUUACCAUUACAAUGUCUAACAGCGUUUCAAUAGCUUCUUCAUCCUCAAAGGAAGGUACUUCCGGUAGGAAAAGCGUUGACGCUAUCUGGGACACCAUUGUCCCCGAGAUACGGGCCGCUGCGCUCCAGUCUAGAGACGCACUGUUAUCCAAAGGAGGAAUGAGCCCAGAGGAAGUAUGGAAAAAGCGAAGCGAAGCAAUCAAUAGCACCAUGAGAAUGGAAGCCGUCGGGCCAGCAAGAGGGAAAGCUCUUGACAGACCAGGAUUCAAAGUCAAUUUUGGAGGUGCAGCUGGCGUUACUCAGCUAGCGUUCGAACCAAUGUAUCAACCACCGUCUGUAACGAGCGGUAUCAACUCCGCAGCCGACGACAUCGCAAGCGGUUCAGUGCUAUGGUUAGAAGGAAGGUACAAAUCGUUCAAGCUAUCAGACGGAGGGGGAUGUAACCUACAUGCUGCGCACGCCGCUGAUGGGUGGCACCUGUCAACCGAUCUGGAAGGAGACAUUAUCAUUUUUGGCGGCUUUCUGUCGGAGAGAUAUCAUUUAAACAACCGUAUAG